GGAAUGAGAUUUGCCUUUACGGAAGUACUGACGUGUUCACAGCGGUGCAGCGCGAGCGGCGGACAGGCGGCUGAGAGUGAUACAGCGGAGGCACCCGGUUAGAAAAAGACAGAAUGUCAGAAGGAGACAGUUCUGCUGAAUCCAUCCAUGGGAAACCAUCCGCCAUAGCCAGCUUCUUCACACGUCUUGGACAGAUCUACCAGUCAUGGUUGGAUAAGUCAACUCCGUUCUCAGCAGUACGAUGGGCGGUCACGCUCAUCCUUACAGCAAUAUACAUGAUCAGAGUGUAUAUACUACAGGGGUGGUACAUAGUCACGUAUGCUCUUGGAAUCUACCAUCUCAAUUUGUUCAUUGCUUUUCUUUCACCGAAAGUUGACCCAUCGUUGCUUGAUGACCCAGAUGAUGGUCCAUCACUUCCCACAACGCAGAACGAGGAGUUUCGGCCCUUCAUCAGACGGCUGCCGGAAUUCAAAUUCUGGCAUUCUGCGACAAAAGGCAUCAUCAUUGCUAUGAUUUGCACAUUCUUUGAAGCCUUUAACGUACCAGUGUUCUGGCCUAUCCUUGUGAUGUACUUCAUCAUGCUCUUCUGCAUCACCAUGAAGCGACAGAUCAAGCAUAUGAUUAAGUAUAGGUACCUGCCCUUCACACAUGGGAAGAGGAUAUACAGAGGCAAGGACGACACAGGAAAAACCUUUGCUAGUUAAAAUCCCUCCCCUUCCCUCACUCAAAUUAAAGUUAUUGAUGAAGAAUGGUGCGUGCAGGGGUUGAAGUUUUGUAAGAUAUUUUUUUUUGGCCUUUUUGUGGGGAUACAAAAAAAAAGGCUUAUCGGAAAAGAGUUUUGAUCCAUGAUAACAGUGUUGGGUGUUUUGUGGAAUGAUUAUUGCUGCCUUUAAGUGAAAAAUGCAUGGAGUUUGGAUCUUGGCAAGAUUCACGCAAAGUUUACUGAUUAGCGUGGUGCCUAUUUUGUCGUGUGCGCAGAGACUUUGUUUUGAUAAGAAAACUGGGCAUAUUAACACUGUGCUACGAUGGUGCAAAUGUACAAGACUGAGCUCUAGAGCUUGGGGGUUUUCAGCGUCAUUUCCCCUCUUUUUUCAUUAAAUGAUACUGGAAAGCAUGGGAUCUGAUUUAAUUCAUCAUUAGGUGGAAAUUAGGCAUGAGAUAAGAGCCAGAUCUUCUUCAGCAUCCAGAAAUGGCUCGCUCAACACCAGAUUAUUCCAACACAUUUGCACUGAAGUACCUUCUCUCAGCACUCUUCACUGAACUAAAUAAUAAAGUCCGUGUUUAGAUGCAAAACCGCAAGAUGUUUUGACACUAGUGCCCAACAUGGAGUCACCACACAUGAUUUGCCUUCCUUCUUGAAUGUGCAUUCUCUAGUUUUCUUUUUGUACAUAAACUUUGUGCCUAGUAACAUCCUUUCUAGCAGCUUGUAAUUUAUUAGUAGUUAAAUCCCCUGAUCAUUAAGUUGAACUGUUUUGUUUUUUUUUGUUUUUUUUUGAUGCUCAGUAGAUCUAUAGCUAUACAUUGUAAUAGUUAUAUCAUUCCGAACAAAACCUUUUUUCUCUCUC